ACUUUCCAACCGUUUCCUCCCCCUCAACCCCGGCUGCCAGUGCUGUGUGAGUGCGCGUGUGCCCUGAGCUCGCUCGGCACACAUUCUAUAAAAAAAUAAAAAUACAAAAAAAAUUCAAAACAUAAAAAAAUAACACAAAAAUCGUUUUUUUCUUUUUGUAACAACGGUGAAGCUGGAGUAGACACUCGAGGACUGGACGGUAACGUAUAAGAAAGGGCUGCCUAACGUUAAAGACGAACGACAAAUUUUUUUCCCCCAGUCGACGUGUUACUGGUCCAGAAGCGAAGCUAAGUAACGUUUAUUUGCUUUUAUCGUCGUGUCAAAUUUGAAUGACAGUUUUAAUAACAGUACAAGUCGACAGUGUGCCAUUUUAACUUGCUCAUCUUAUAAUUUUUUACUUAAAAACCCUUCAACUGACAAGCCAACGGUUGUUAACGUUUACCAUCAGCAUUCUGCCCCGAACUGACGUGACGUUAGCGACCGUGAGAGAACCAAGCGUUUGUACUGUCGCCGAAAACUUUUUUCGUUAAAAUCAGGCUUCGUCCGAGUACUUUGCUAGCUUCCGUGGACAACGACGAUGAACCCCAGUGCUCCCAGUUACCCCAUGGCCUCCCUGUACGUCGGGGAUCUGCAUCAAGAUGUGACCGAGGCCAUGCUUUACGAGAAAUUCAGCCCAGCCGGAGCUAUCCUGUCGAUCCGGGUCUGUAGGGACAUGAUCACCCGGCGUUCCCUCGGAUACGCCUAUGUCAACUUCCAACAGCCAGCAGACGCCGAGCGUGCGCUGGACACAAUGAACUUUGACGUGAUCAAGGGGCGGCCUGUGCGCAUUAUGUGGUCACAGCGUGAUCCCUCACUGAGAAAGAGUGGUGUGGGAAACAUCUUCAUCAAGAAUCUGGACAAGUCCAUCGACAACAAGGCUCUAUACGACACCUUCUCUGCUUUUGGCAACAUCCUGUCAUGCAAGGUGGUUUGUGACGAGAAUGGCUCUAAAGGCUACGGCUUUGUGCAUUUUGAGACUCAGGAGGCAGCCGAACGAGCCAUUGAGAAAAUGAAUGGCAUGCUGCUCAAUGACCGAAAAGUAUUUGUGGGUCGCUUCAAAUCUCGCAAAGAGCGCGAGGCUGAGCUGGGUGCCCGAGCUAAGGAGUUCACAAAUGUCUACGUUAAAAACUUUGGUGAAGACAUGGAUGAUGAGAAGCUGAGGGAAGUCUUCAGUAAAUACGGAAACGCCAUGAGCAUCCGUGUCAUGACAGAUGACACCGGAAAGUCUCGAGGCUUCGGGUUUGUCAGCUUUGAGAGGCACGAGGACGCCCAGAAGGCAGUGGACGAGAUGAAUGGGAAGGAGUUCAACGGCAAGCUCAUCUAUGUCGGCCGCGCCCAGAAGAAGGUGGAGCGACAGACGGAGCUGAAGCGUAAAUUUGAGCAAAUGAAACAAGACCGCAUGACUCGCUACUAGGGUGUCAACUUAUACGUGAAGAACCUUGAUGACGGAAUUGACGAUGAACGCCUGCGAAAGGAGUUUGCACCAUUUGGUACCAUAACCAGUGCUAAGCCACGGCGCACCUCUGUCCAGGAUGACCCGGACGGCUUUGGGGUGGAGGUAUGGACCGGGAGGAGCCCAGUUCCAGUACCAACCACCGGAUCAGGUGGUAACUCCGGCAGCGCCUCUCCGUCCCCUGCGGCAGUGGUGGUGGUGGUAUCCGGUGCUCCUGCAACCAGCUGUCCAGCGGAGGAGCCGAUCAACUCAGCUGCAGCGUCCCUCGGGCCAGUCAGUGCGAUGUCAGCAUACAGCGACGGCAGCCAGGGGAGCGUAGCUGCGGAGUCCGAGGCCACCUGUAACGGGAGGCUACAGCCAGGCAUUGGGUUCGGUUCAGGACCGACCGGGACCCUCCGCUCCUCUCUCCGUCCCGGGGUUACGGUCCCCAUCGCGCCGCUGCUGCCCUCCCCGGCCUCUCUGGCCGCUUCGUCCGGGCCUCCUCCUCCGCCGCCUCCGCUGCAGCUCCACAGCCUGUACGGCGGUAUCGGAGCGGGGCUGGGGCAGGGGGCUGCCGGCCACUGUAACCCGGGGAACCCGGCGGUGCUGAAGGAGGCGGUGGAGGCUGUGGUCCGCAGCUUCGCCAAACACACACAAGGUUACGGCAGAGUAAACGUGGUGGAGGCUUUACAGGAGUUUUGGCAGAUGAAGCUGACCAGAGGGGCCGACCUGCGGAACGGAGCUCUAGUUGUUUAUGAAAUGGUCCCAUCCAACAGCCCGCCAUAUGUUUGCUAUGUCAGUCUUCCUGGAGGCAGCUGCUUCGGAAGUUUCCAGUUCUGUCCCACCAAGGCCGAGGCGAGACGCAGCGCUGCCAAGAUUGCCCUGAUGAACUCUGUUUUCAAUGAACAUCCCUCUCGACGCAUCACAGACGACUUCAUCGAGAAGAGCGUCAGCGAGGCCCUGGCGUCGUUCAAUGGAAACAGAGAAGAGGCUGAUAAUCCCAACACAGGAAUUGGGGCAUUUCGCUUCAUGCUUGAGUCCAACAAAGGAAAAUCCAUGCUCGAGUUUCAGGAGCUAAUGACUGUGUUCCAGCUGCUGCACUGGAACGGGAGUCUCAAAGCCAUGAGAGAACGACAGUGUUCCCGACAGGAAGUGCUGGCUCACUAUUCCCACCGGGCUCUGGACGAUGACAUGCGCACUCAGAUGGCCGCCGACUGGGUGAACCGGGAACAGAGUGUGGCAGGCACCAUUUCUCAGGAGGUGGCGUCAACGGAGCGAGAAUUGGAGGACGCCAGGCUUGCGGGCAGAGAACUGCGUUUUUACAAAGAGAAGAAAGACAUCCUGAUGUUAGCUGAAGAGGCGGGGCUUCGGUUAAGGACGCUUGUCUGGCGUUGUUCAUUCAACAUGGCAGCGGGACCAAUUUCAGAAAGAAACCAAGACGCCACUGUGUAUGUUGGCGGCUUGGAUGAGAAAGUGUCAGAGCCGUUGCUAUGGGAGCUCUUCCUGCAGGCUGGUCCUGUGGUCAACACACACAUGCCCAAAGACAGAGUGACUGGCCAACAUCAAGGUUAUGGCUUUGUUGAGUUUCUUAGUGAAGAGGAUGCUGACUAUGCCAUCAAAAUCAUGAAUAUGAUAAAGCUCUAUGGUAAACCCAUCAGAGUUAAUAAGGCCUCUGCACACAAUAAAAACCUGGAUGUGGGCGCUAACAUCUUCAUCGGUAAUCUGGACCCCGAGAUUGAUGAGAAACUGCUCUAUGACACAUUCAGUGCCUUUGGCGUGAUCCUCCAGACGCCAAAGAUCAUGCGAGACCCAGACACCGGCAACUCCAAGGGUUAUGCUUUCAUUAAUUUUGCAAGCUUUGACGCAUCAGACGCCGCCAUUGAGGCCAUGAACGGCCAGUACCUCUGUAACAGGCCCAUCACAGUGUCCUACGCCUUCAAGAAGGAUUCCAAAGGAGAGCGACAUGGCUCGGCUGCAGAGCGACUCCUGGCUGCACAAAACCCUCUCUCCCAGGCAGACAGGCCGCAUCAGCUGUUUGCAGAUGCUCCACCACCGCCGAGUGCCCCAACGCCAGUUCUGACUGCAAUGGGAACUGCGAUGCCCAUGCCAGGCAUGCCUCCUCCUGUUUUCCCUCCUGUUCCUCCGCCUGGAUCGAUGCCUCCGUCAAUGCCCCCUUCAAUGGCCAUGCCUCCAAGUGCAGGGGCACCAGGCCCACAGGGGGCCGGCGGCGGACCUCCACCCGGUCCACCACCCUUCCCUCCUGGCAGCAUGCAUCCAGGUAUGCCUCAGAUGCCCAUGCCUCCUCCUGGUCCUCCUGGCAUGGUGCCUCCACCUCCUGCUCCCCCAGGAUCAAAUCAACAACGGGCACCGCCACCCCCUGGCAUGCCCCCACCCCCACCUAUGGGCAUGCCACCCAGAGCACCCUAUGGCCCUCCCAUGGGUCACCCUGUGCCUCCAGGUAUGAGAGGGCCUCCUCCUCCCAUGCCUCCACCUGGCUACGGUGCUGGCCCCCCUCGUCCUCCCCCCUUUGGCUUCCAGAGAGGACCUCCAAUGCCUCCACGGCCCCCUGGUGUCCCGCCCCGCGUUCCCAUAAGAGCACCAAUGCCGCCGUAAUCCGCCUCUGGCUGCAGGAACGGGCUCUCGCUGUUUUGUUUUUUUGUUUUUUUUAAACAUCUUAAGAUCUACUCAAGUUUGUAAUAGUGAGAAUAAUUUAACCACCUGUUUGUGUUUUUUUGGUCAUUGUACAGAUGAAGACCUUUGGCGAUUAAAAUUUUUAGUACACCUUU